GUCACAACCUCUCUGCUUCCUCAUUGGUGCUCCUCAAAGCCCUCUCUUGUUUGGCCAGAGAGAAACAGAGAGAAAGAAAACCUCAUUUAUUUAUUGCAUACGCACAUAAAAAGGAAAAUUAAAAAAAGACAGUGAAGUGCUGUGAGUGUGACUGGUGAGUGCUUGGUACUAGUAUUGAAGUUGUAAAAGGGGCAGUAGUGGCAGUUGUGGUGAGGGUGAGAGGAGCAAAAGGAGAACAAAGGCAGUGACAAUUGGCCAAUCAGGGUUGCGUCGGAAAGUUCUCUCUCAAGCUUUUCUCUUGCUCUCUCUCUUUCAAGCACUGCCACACGUCCGGUUUUGUGGAGUUAAUACCAUCCAUUAUCUGCCAUUUGAAGCUGCUUUCUGUUCUGAUUCUCACUUGUGCAGCAUGAGCCAAGGCUAAACCAGUUAAAUCUCGUAUCAGGGCUCUGAUUUUUGAGUUUUAAGGUUGGAUUGUUCGGUUUCAUUGGGAGAAUCUAGGGUUCAGUUUGGUGGAUUUCGGCAUUUCUUUGAUUCUGAGCUCUGAUUCGUGUUUCAGGCAUGCGUUUUAGGGUUUGCGGGAGCUGUGCUUUUGGUAUUUUUUAAACGGUCGUCGUUUGCGUGUUCAGGAAUUUUGACACUUUGGGUCGAAGAUAUGUUGGGCGGUGAUUUUACGCGAUGUUAAUUGCGGCGGCUUUGAGGGUUUCAGAGUAAUUAUUGGAUUGCUUUAGUGGUCAGAUAGGAGGUUUGGUAGAUAAGAAAAGAUUGUGAAAAUGGCGGCGGAGUCGAAUACCGGUUUUCACCGCGACGAAGCGCUAGGUUCAGCGUUGAAUCGUCACGCAAUAUCAUUCCAAUCCGGGGCUAUAAACAGCUCGUCAGAAAUGAUACCGAUGGGUGGUUACUUUGGGACAACGACGGGCAUGAUGUUGCCUGGGAAUUCGAGCAUAAUCAAUAACAGUCAUGGGAUUGUUCAAGCUGGAAACUCUUCUGGUUCUUCUUCUAUUUUUUCUGAUUCGGUGCCAGGGCCAGGCUUGGCCGUUGAGUGGUCUGUACAGGAACAGUACAAAUUGGAUGAAGGCCUUGUCAAAUAUGCAGAUGAACCAAGUAUCUUGAAGUACAUAAAGAUUGCGGCCACCUUGCCGGAUAAAACUGUUAGGGAUGUCGCAUUGAGGUGUAGGUGGUUGAAGAGAAAGCAAAGGAAAACGGAAGAUCAUAAUUCAGUGAAGAAGGUGAACAAUAGAAAGGAUAAGCUAGCAGAGUCAUCCUCCAAGAUGAAUAUUCCUUCAGCUUUUCCACAGAAUGUGGCUGCAUAUUCUACCAUGAUGCACCAUGUUGGCCAGAGUGACCAUAUGCUUUUUGAAGUUGCAGGAGUAAGUGGCACAGCCAGGCAUCUUUUGGAAAAGAAUGCUCAAGCUUUAAGCCAAAUUAUAGCCAACCUUUCCACAUUCAAGUUACAGGAAAAUAUUGAACUCUUUCGUCAUGCAAGGAACAACAUCACGGCCAUUUUGAAUGACAUGAGAGAAAUGCCUGGCAUAAUGAGCCAUAUGCCACCAUUGCCUGUGUCAAUCAAUGAGGAUCUUGCAAAUAGUUUAUUGCUUAAUACAUCGCAGUCGCGGUCAAUGAUGUUUGGUUCUCCGAGCGGCAUCCAACUGAAGCAGGAACCAAGAGAUGGAGCAUAUUGUUGAGGCGUAUCAAUGAUUCUUGUAAGUACAAAAUUUUUCUGCUGUAAAUGCUAAGAAGCUAAUAGGGAGAGGCAAGUCUUCCUCUUGUGUAGACACAUACUCAGCCACACUUGUUGGAUCCGACGAUGGAGAAGAUGUAGAGAUCCCAUUUUUGGUACCUGAACUGAAACUAGCUCACAAGAUGUCAGAACCAGCUCCACCACCCUUAAAUAAAACAAAAAUCUGCUGGGCCCUGAGGAGAGAAUCUCUAACCAGAUCACUAUUCACUAGUGUGUUUUAGAUGAAUUUUUUGAGUUAAAGCUUCUUGUGUAUAAAUUAUAAUUAUUAUACAGAAGAGUUUGGUCCAUGAUUUAUAGCUACUGUUAGCAUA